AUUAAAUUAAAUGGUAAGAUAGAUGAAAUCCCCAACGGCUAAAGCCACAGAGAAACCAUUUUGAAAUUGUCUCGAGCAAAGACAAAGGACCACCAUCACCAAGUCUUUCCCUUAGCCUCAUCUCUUCUAAUAUAAUUCAAAACCCCACCUUUCUUUGUCUUGCCGUUUUCUCUUUAGGAUUUUCAUCCAAUAUUGGGUUGUUUCUUCUUGUGUGAUUUGAUUUACCCAGAUUAGAUUAGAUUAAAUUUUCAAUCUUUCGACAUCAAAACAUCAAUUUCUGUUCUCUGUUGGUUGAGUUUAGGCUUGAACCCCAGAUACCCACAAGCUCAUUCUCCAUGGGUACUUGUUUUAGCAAGAAGAAGAGGAGCUCCUCUCCUCUUCCUCUUCCUCUUCCUCUUCCUCCCCCUGCUGCUACUGGUUAUGGCUAUGUAGUGGGUGAAGAUCCAAAUGAUAACAAGAACAAGCCCAAAUCGGUUUCGGUAGUAGCAGAGCCAGGUCGGGUUGAAAUGAAGGCGAAGAAGCCAGAACGAAAACAAGAACAAAUUGAAGAAGAAAAAGAAGAUCAAGAAACCCAAGUCCAAGUGAAGAAGGAGGUAUUCAUCAUCAAACACCGCAAGAGCCACGACGGUAGAGGAGACAGAGAUUGCGGAAAAAGCCCACUUCCCCAAAAUCAAAUCCAACAACAACCAUCAGUAUCAGAUGGGGGGGCUGAUGUUGCUGCUGCCUCUGCUUCUGCUUCUCCUCCUACACCUCAGAUUGCAAAUAGUACCACCAAGACUGGCACUUGCAAUGAAUUGGUGGAUGACGUUGACAAGGUUGUGAAGCGGGUGAGGACACAGAGCUGCAACAAAGAAGAACUGGACGCCAUUCUUCUACAGUGUGGAAGGCUCAGCCGCAGCAACUCUUCUGGGCACAAUCGAAGGUAUUCUGGUUCGAAGAGGAGCUAUGACUUUGAUGCUGUAGAUGGUCAUGUCAAUGUCAAUGAAAUUUGUCAUGAGGAUGCUGAUGCUGAUGGGAUGUCUGCAGCGGACAAAAUCCAUCGCCACCGCCAGUCCUCGAGGUCAAGGCCUUCUUCUCCUUCUUCUCAAGGGAGGAGGAGGAGGAGAACUCCAAGCAGAGAAAGAAACCAGCAGCAGCAGCAGCAGCGAUCCAGCAGCAGAGAGAGACGAACUAGUCGAUCCCCGAGCAAGCGCUCAUCUUCCCAACAAAACCCCUCUGCUUCUUCUUCUUCUAAUGCUAAUGCCAAUGCCAAUGGGAAUAACAGGCCAGGAAAGAUGGUUUCGGUCCCUGCUGCCGCCAUUUCUUCCGUGGCGACGAUGGAGAAGACAACCCACAUUAACAAUGGAGAAUCUGCAGCUACCAUCAAGCGGGUUUCGGUGAAGAGAAAUGUUGGAUCUCCCCGUGCUCAAUCUCCUGCUAGAGCAAAUGCUAGAGGGGCUCCCAAUGAGGGUCAGCAGCAGCAACAACAACCUUCACUUAGCCGCAGCUCUUCAAGAAAAGCAGAGCAAUCGCCCUACAGAAGGAACCCAUUGGCUGAGAUUGAUCCUAACUCCCUUGCCUAUCAACAAGCGCAUACCAACAACAGAACCAAAAGGGAAAUCCAGAAUGAAGAGGACAUUCCUGUCAAGGAACCCACCAAUCUAAUGAAUCCGGCGCCAAUGCAAAAACCGAAUCUCGAAAUUAACAAUAACAGAACCGUUCCCCAUGGUGUUAACUACAUAACCAGCGGCACAAGUACAAUGGACAGCAACAAGGCUAUGAGUGCAAACUGCUCAUCAAAGGAAAGGCAGCAGAAUGUUCCAGCGGAAGAGGCUAAGGGACAGCCACAAGGGAAACCCCAAACAUUAACAAGAAGCAGGUCCUCUAGGCUAUCCAGAGACCUAGACUUCGAUCCUGAAACAGCCACCCUUUCGAAUCCUGCUGCGCCGUCUUUAUAUACUUCAUUAUUGCUCCAAGACAUACAUAAUUUCCACCAGCAGAACACCCCUAAUGUAGUCUCAGUCCCUCCGUGUGUAACCAAGGCUUGCUCCAUCCUAGAAGCAGUUGCCGACCUCAACUCUGCAACGAAAAGCACCCCUACAGAUCAAAUAAACAAGAAAACUACUUCUGGUUCCGGCUACAAUUGUUCACUGAAUACUAAUUAUAAUGUUGUUGGGAAGAGCAUAGCAGAUCAGCCCAAAGACCCUUUUGUGGAGUCUGAGGUAGUUGUCAAUGAUGAUCUAAUGGAACCAAGCUUCCACAAGUAUGUGACAGUGAGAAGGGGCACUGGUGCAUUGGAAGGAGGGGCCCUACUAGAUAUGGAGGACCAAGAAUCUUCUGGCAGCAACAGCUUUGUGAGUGGCACUUCUCAUUCUCAACAGCAUCACUGGGGCUUGUCUUCUUCUUCGUGGGAACCAAAUUCAGCUGAUUCCACCGAUAGCUGGACCUCAAGAUCCAACACCAGAGAGGAGGGUCCCAAUCACAGAAUAACUCCGCUGAGUUUUGAUGUGGAUGAAGCUGCCAGGAGGAGAUUGAGUGGGAGAAAGAGAGACUCUGAUGACCAUAACCAGCGGAGCGGUGGGAUUGGACGUGGCAGGCUCGCUGCAACUAACACUAAAGGGCUUCACACAAUUCCAGGUGUUGCAGCUGCAGCAUCCAUGUAAAUGUAGUGCAAGGCUUUUUUACUAUUCAUUCAGAUUUGUACCUUUCAAUUUAAGGAACUCUCUAGAUUCCAUUGUUGUUGGUAGUUGCACACUUGCAACGUUUUUUAAUUGAAGCCGUCAUCAGUUUCUGAUUUUCCUUCAAA